AUGCUUUGGUGCAGAGUCGGAGAAGCGUCAUGGAUCUGUCUCGGCUUGAAAAAGAAGGUGAAGAAUAGAGUCCUGGAGGAGCAGGGAGGAGAGACGCCGUCGGUGUCACCGCGGUCUGCUUUGAAUGGGUUGAGACAUGAUCUGCUUUACCCUGCGGCUCACACCUCCUCCGCUCAUCCAUCCACUUUCUGCUGUCUGAUCACCUUACACCAGCACCUGAACCCUGCACCAGGCACUUUACACCAGCACCUGAACCCUGCACCAGGCACUUUACACCAGCACCUGAACCCUGCACCAGGCACUUUACACCACCACCUGAACCCUGCACCAGGCACUUUACACCAGCACCUGAACCCUGCACCAGGCACUUUACACCAGCACCUGAACCCUGCACCCAGCACUUUACACCAGCACCUGAACCUAGCGCCUAACCAGUACCAGCAGCUUACACCAGCACCUGAACCCUGCACCCAGCACUUUACACCAGCACCUGAACCUAGCGCCUGUACCCUGCACCUAAACCCUGCACCCAGCACUUUACGCCAGCACCUGAACACUGCACCAGGCACUUUACACCAGCACCUGAACCCUGCACCAGGCACUUUACACCAGCACCUGAACCCUGCACCAGGCACUUUACACCAGCACCUGAACCCUGCACCCAGCACUUUACAGCAGCACCUGAACCCUCCACCCAGCGCUUUACACCAGCACCUGAACCCUGCACCCAGCACUUUACACCAGCACCUGAACCCUGCACCAGGCACUUUACACCAGCACCUGAACCCUACACCCAGCACUUUACACCAGCACCUGAACCCUGCACCAGGCACUUUACACCAGCACCUGAACCCUGCACCAGGCACUUUACACCAGCACCUGAACCCUGCACCCGGCACUUUACACCAGCACCUGAACCCUGCACCCAGCAUUUUACACCAGCACCUGAACCUAGCGCCUCACCUGAACCCUGCACCAGGCACUUUACACCAGCACCUGAACCUAGCGCCUGUACCCUGCACCCAGCACUUUACACCAGCACCUGAACCCUACACCUUACUUACACCUGCACCUGAACCCCGCACUUCACACCAGAACCAGUACCAGCAGCUUACACCAGCACCUGAACCCUGCACCCAGCACUUUACACCAGCACCUGAACCCUACACCUUACUUACACCUGCACCUGAACCCUGCACUUCACACCAGAACCAGUACCAGCCGCUUACACCAGCACCUGAACCCUGCACCCAGCACUUUACACUAGCACCUGAACCUAGCGCCUGUACCCUGCACCUGAACCCUGCACCCAGCACUUUACACCAGCACCUGAACCCUGCACCAGGCACUUUACAGCAGCACCUGAACCCUGCACCCAGCACUUUACAGAAUCACCUGAACCCAGCACCUUACACCAGCACCUGA